AUGGCUCCCAAAGGCUUUACCAUCGAUUUCACCGGCAAGUGCAUCAUCGUCACUGGCGGGAACCGCGGCAUUGGCGCCGCCUUCAGUCGCGCGUGCGCUUCCGCAGGCGCCAAAGUGGCCAUCAUCUACAGGAGCUCAAAGGAUGCUGAAGAGGUCGCGGCGAAGAUCAGCAAGGAGUUCGAUGUUCCUGUCAAGGCUUACCAGUGCGACGUCUCGGAUGGAGAGAAGGUUACCAAGGUUUUUGGCCAGAUCGACAAGGAGUUUGGGCCUGUCACUGGGAUGGUCGCGAACGCUGGCGUGUCUGUCGUCAAACCCGCCAUCGACCUUACCCCUGAAGACUUCCAGAAGGUGUACAAUGUUAACGUGCUCGGUGUCUUCAACGCCGCCCGUGCAGCCGCAAAAAUAUGGAUGGGGAAGCAGAGCGGCGGCUCGAUCGUUGUUACCUCCUCUAUGAGCUCUCAGAUUAUCAACCAGCAGGGCACCAACCAGCCUCUGACUCAGGUCUUCUACAACUCCUCGAAAGCGGCGCUUUCCAACCUCACCAAGGGUCUCGCCGCCGAGUGGGCACCCAACGGCAUCCGCGUGAACGCGCUCUCUCCUGGAUACGUAAACACCGACCAGACAGCUGGCAUGGACGAGAAGGUCCGAAAGUAUCAAGCGUCUCAUGUACCCCUGGGGCGGUUUGCUGAGCCACACGAGAUGGCGGGUCAGGCGAUUCUCUUGCUGUCGGACCAUGCGACGUAUAUGACUGGCGGGGAGUACUUUGUCGAUGGUGGUCAAUUGAUCUGGUAAUGUUUGGUCGAGCGCCUCGACUUGUGUAGAAGCUAUCGUUCUGCUAUGUUUUAUAUAAUGCACGAUGCUGAGCUCUGUACAAUAUAAUACUUCUUGCAAUUGGACGUUAUAACGCGUUA